CAGCUCUUUCGAGCUGAACUGGAACUGUCGCAUACCUAUUCAGAAAUAUUCUGUUAUUAUGAUCAACGGACAAAUUGAAAAGUAUUUCAAAUAAAACUAUUCAUUAAUACUGACUAAUUCGAACAAUAAUCACAUAUCAUCGAAAAUUACAAUACAUCCUCGAUACACAAUGAAAAUAUCUUUUAUUUAUCUAUCUUAUAUUCGUAUAUAAAAUGAAAUGUUUAAUUCUUAUUAUAGAAUCAAUAUUUAGAGAUAUGAUAAUUUCUUAUUUAAAUCAUUUCUAAUAUCAAAUGGCAAUUUAUCGUUUUAUGUUAUAAAGAAACAUUUAAAAUAGAAAAACUCUGCGUUUUGUAUCAGAACUUUUUUUUAAAAUUUUAAUCUAUCUAUGCUAGAUAGUCGAAUAUAAUGAAUGAUUGAUGAGGAAACGAUAUAAAGAUUAUUGAAUAAAGAUAAUUAUUGAAUAAGUAACCUUCAUCGACAGUUAAUUCACUUGAUCCUAAACUGACACAAUAGCAAUGCACACUUAGUUGUUGAUAGACCCAAACGGAGAUCUCUUAUACUUGACUGAGUGUGACAAAAUAUCUUUGUAGUUGACUAUCUUAUCUAUAGUUGGAAUGAUUGAUCCAGAAAGAGAAUGAUUCACUGUAAUAUGUUAUCUCCUUAUUUUGAUGAUUAUUAAUCUAGAUCACUUUCAUCUUCAAGGAAAAGUCAAUGAUUGAAAAGAAUUUCUUAAUUUAAUUCGACUUUUAGAUUAUCAGAUUUGAAAUUAAAUCAAAUGUUGAUAUAUUAAUAUAUCUUUCACACUGUUCCCUUUAUUAUCGAUGAAGAUCUUUUAUCUCAGAAAUUUUUGACGUUAGUGUUCAUUUAAGAAUAAUUUACAGCAAGACCAACAAUAACUAAUAUUAGACAUACUGACACUCAUUGGAAAAUAUUUCGUUGCACUUUCAUCCAUUCCGAUCAUUUGACGACGUACUUCACUCACAUUGUGCAAAAAACAUUUCUUUUUCAUAACGGUAAUUUCCACUGAGUGUCUUGACAACACUGAUGAAUAUCAAUUGUAGAUGCAUUAAAUGACUUUAUAUUAUCUUUGUCUUCAUCAAUAAGAUAAAUCAUGAUUAACAAUUACUUUUCCAUCAAAAAGUGGAUCACAACAGAAACCAUGCUCUUGUUGUAAAAUUUGUAUGCGCUGAAACUCCCAUCUCCCUUUCAAUGUAUAUUUGACACAACCAUGAAAUCUUCGAGAAUAUCUAUUUAAUAACUGAUGAAUAGAAGAAUAUCCUUAAUUUAAAACAUAAGUUUUACUUCAACGAUCCCAUUAAUGAUAUUCAUCUAUUUUACGUACUUUGUGAUACAUGAUGCUUAACAGAUAUUCACUAUCCAGCAGUACUCAGGAUGUACUUAAAUGCAGCAUCGUAAUAGCUUCAAUGUUACCUAUUAUAUGGGCUCAUAUCUCGAAAAUCUAUUUUGUCGCCUGGGUGUCCCUGUAGCCUCCUCUCUCUGCUUCUAGAAAGUUCGUUUCUUUGUCAUCGAAACAGGAAAACUUUGGCUGCGCCCCCCUCCUUGCUCUGGCAUUUGACUUACGCCCGUAGAGUUGAAUUAAAAGUAAAGUAUUCGUUUAAUUUUCUCAUAAUUGACCUUUGAUGAAAUUUUUUAUAGAUGAACGAAUAUUUCUAAAAGACACUCAUUUUAAAAAGAUCUUCUUUAGACAAUUACAAGAAAAACGUUCUACAAUUAAUUAAUCAUUCAGAAUAAUUUUAAAAAAUAAGUUUUUUUUUUUUAAAUUUAAUUGAAUGAAACACGUGUCAAACAGAACUAUUAUUUUUAAAGUAAAACUUGAAAACUAAUUUGUUUCUUAAGAUCUUUUAAUGAUAAAAUAAUAAAUUAUUUAAUAUAUGAUUGUACUUUAUAUUAAUACUACUUUAAGAGAUUAUUUUUAAAAAUAUUUCGAAGUUGAAAUCUUUUAAACAAGUAUGAGCUAUAAGAUCUUUACCUUUCGAAAACAAAAGAAAUUUCUUUUUUUCUAUUGAUUAUUCGUGGAUAAAAUAUUUAUCAUUAAGUUGAAUAACAGAUGUUAUUUAUUAAUAAAAAAAAAACAAAGAUUUUUGUUUUAUUUUAGGAUACAUAAAAUGAAUUAAAAUUUCAACGAAUAACAUUAGAUAAUAUUAUUAAAUUAAGUGAACAAGUUAAACAAGGUUAUUCACGUGAAGAAUUACUUCGUAAAUUAAAUUCUUUAGAAGAAUCAAUACAUGAUCGUAAUCGACAAUUAAAUCGUGCUAAUGAACCACGACGAGAAUUUGAUAGAAUUAUCAGUAAACUUAGUCAAUGGAUUAAAACUACUGAGCAACAAAUUAAAGAUCCAUUAACUAAUCAUCUUCAACAAACUACUAAUAGUCUCAAAGAAAAAUAUAAAAGUAUACAAGCAUUACUUCAAUCAACAAAAGAUCGUACGAAUCUAUUUGAUGAUUUAAGACAAAAAUAUAAUCGUUUAUUAGAUAAUCUUACACAACGUCUUACAUUACUUGAUGAAGCAAAUCUUAUCAUUGAAGGUAAACGAGAUGAAUUUAAUAAACAAAAUGAAUAUGUUCAAAAUCUUUAUCAACAAUUAGAAAAUGAUUUUACAAAAUAA